AGGAACAGCACCGACACCGGCAUCAUGGACCAGCAAUAUUGUCUGCGCUGGAACAAUCAUCAGUCUAAUUUAACCACUGUGCUCACCACGCUGCUGCAAGAUGAGAAACUGUGCGACGUCACGCUGGCCUGCGACAAGGGCAUCGUCAAAGCACACCAAGCCAUCCUGUCCGCCUGCAGUCCCUACUUCGAGCAGAUCUUCGUCGAGAACAAGCACCCACAUCCUAUCAUCUACCUGCGCGAUGUGGAGGUGCACGAGAUGCGCGCCCUCCUCGACUUCAUGUACCAGGGUGAGGUGAACGUGGGCCAGCACAACUUGCAGAACUUCCUCAAGACUGCCGAAAGUCUCAAGGUACGAGGACUGACCGAGAGUAGUGCCGAUCGGUACUCGGCUGAUGCGGACAAACUCCGCUCGGAGCGGAUCCGGGACUCCCGGGACGAUCGGGACUCCCUAACGCUGCCGAACGCGUCCAGCAACAACAACAACACGAUCAGCAGUAACAACAACUCCCUGCACCAUGGACCGCUACGUGACAAGGAGCUCAACGAGCACGAUCAGCUCGAACGCCUCCAGCAUCAGCAGCAACAGCAGCAACAGCAACAACAGCAACAACAACAGCAGCAGCAGCAGCAGCAGCAACACCAGCAGCAACAACACCAGCAGCAACAGCAGCCGCCGCAUCAACAGCAACACCAGCAACCGCCGUAUCAGACGCACCAUCACCACCAUCAGCACACGGCACCAGUACCGGUGCAGCAACCCUCGCGGAGUGCAAGCAUCGAUCUGAUGCAGUCUGCCCUCGUAGACGAGCGCGACUACCUGCCUGCAGAGGAUCGCGAGAUCAGCACGGUAGAGAAUAAGAAGAAGCGUAAAAUGUCCACCACCUGUGAUAACUCUUCGCCCUCGACACCGUCCUUGAUGAAUGAACGGCAAGGAGGUUACGAGUCACAGGCAUCGUCACACAGCAGUUUCAAGCAGAGCCCGAAGCCGGACGACGAAUUCAAGGUGAGCUCGCCAGCACCGGUACAUCCGCUGGCUGGUCAUCCGCUGAGUGGUAUCAAGCAAGAGCUGCCCGAGCUGCCGGUGCGCCAUUCGCUGUCCUCCGACUUGAUGCAGCCCCUCAAGAUGUCACUCUAUGCCGAUGAGAUGUCGGCAAGUAUCGGACUCGAGCCGCACGCGCACGUCAACCAUCUGCGUUACAAAUCGAAACAUCCGAUACCGAUCAAUCUGAACGCGGAUGACAUGAACAACAUCCUGGCGCCUGGUAACAUGGGGUCGCUAGGUGAUGGCGGCGAUAGUGAUGCCCACCUGUCGCAUCCGGAUCAUCCUGACAAUAUUGAUGGUGACCGUAUGUUGCGCCUUGCGAUGGCGUCACGCCACCACCAUCAUCGCGCCGGUUUGCGCCAUCAUGAUCUCGCUACAGGAGUGGUGGUGAAUGCCGUUUUGGCCGCGGGAGGCUGCGUUAAUGGGAGCCGUGUGGCUGGCACAGGAGGAGGAACAGGUAGUAGUGACGGUGGCGAGUACGAGGGUGCAGGAAGAGCGGGCAGCGGCGUAGGAGGAGCGCUCGAUGGGCGCUCGGUAGGGUCAGGAUUAGGUAGUAGGGCAGAGAAGCUGCUGGGCCGGAGUGGUCGUGGUGAGGCACAGGAUUGCACAGGAACAGGUGGCACCGGAGCAGGCCUAGGAACAGGCGGUGCAGGUGCAGUAGCAGGUCUAGGAUGCGAAGGUACCAUGCUGGGCUUUGGUGCCGUUCCACUGCCUCUGGGUGGGGCCCUUGUCGAGUCGCUUGUUGAGCAUCAUCGCCUGGCGGCUAGCCUGAGCGGAGGAUCGGGCACCGGAGUCGGAGCGGGAGGAAUUGCAGGAGUAGCUGGAGGAGGCGGAGUCGGAGGUGGUGGAGGAGGAGGAGGAGGAGGUGGAGGAAGUAUCGCCAAUGGGGCGCAGUAUGGCGGACACCUGGCGCACCACAGCAACCACCUGCACCAUCACCACCACCACCAUCACCAGCAUCAACAACAGCAUCAUGGUCACACACCACUCCAUUCCCUGCAGCAGCACAACCAUCACGCUGCCAGCAGUGCCUUUAACAAUGUUGGUGAUGGAGGCGGCAGUGGUACACGGCACGGGGUAUCAGGUGGAGUCGGUACAGGUGCCACGGAUGGGGGUGGCAGCCGUACUGGUAGCAAGACGGCCGGUACGUCCGCGACACCACCAAUACCAACGUCGUCGUCCUUGUCGACGUCCUCGUCGUCUUCAUCCUCGGCGUCGUCCUCUGCAUCAAUAUGUGCAGGAGGUGGCAGUGGCUCUGUAGGUGCUGGAUCCGGUUUCCUGGUUUCAGGUGACACGGAUGCUCAGGCUGCUGGCGGUGGAACUGGUGGUGGCGGUGGAACCAAUGCAAACAGUGGUGGCGGAAGUGGAGGUGGAGGUGGUGGUGGUGGAGGAGGAGGAGGAGGGGCUCUGCGGGGAGGCGCUAGCUCGAGCACAACGCGCCGCGACCACAACAUCGACUACUCGUCACUGUUCAUUCAGCUGACCGGCACCUUCCCGACUCUGUACAGCUGCGUCAGCUGCCACAAAACCGUCUCAAACCGCUGGCACCACGCCAACAUACACCGGCCACAAAGCCACGAGUGUCCGGUGUGCGGACAGAAGUUCACCCGGCGCGACAACAUGAAGGCACACUGCAAGGUGAAGCACCCUGAGCUGAGGGAUCGCUUCUACAACCACAUCGUACACAUGUGA